UCGAGGGACUUAUCAGUGUCCGAUAGUGAAACUGUUAGUGCUAGCCUCUCGCAGGAGGACGAUCUGUCUGAUCUUGUCGGUCUGUCUGAUGUUGACAAUUUGUCUGAUGCUGACAAUCUGUCUGAUCUUGAUCAUGUGUGUGAUCUUGAAGACAUGCCGGAUGUGGAUUACGAAGUACCCGCACCUGUUCGAUUUCGAAAUAAACUUUUUGAGUGGGCUGUGGAGUCAAAAACUCACCACAAACAUCUGCGCAAUCUAU